AUGGAAAAUACUGGGGAUAUUCAAACUUUUAUUAACACAUCUUCAUUAACAACUUUUGCAUCUGUUGAUCAAACAGAAUCCAAAUCUACCACAACAUCGGCGACAACGACAUCAACUACAUUAUCAACGACCACAUCAAAAGUAAGAACAACAACCAAAUUGCCAACCACAAAAACAACAGCUAUAACAACCACAACGAAAUCAAUAGCUAUAACAAAUCGAACAACAACAAGUAAAUUACCAACCACAACAACUUCACCUACAAGAUCAAGAAGACCGUCAAUCAAUAAAGGUAAACAACUACACACAGGGAAGUUAAUCAUGCCCCCUCCUCCACCUCCAGUCUCAAUAAAUUUUCCGUACGGUAAAGGACCUACAUUCUUUUCCAAGUUCAACAAAUUUCUGGGGACAAGGAAGCGACCUCGAAUAACAGCCGCAGCGUCUAGUCCUUAUACAAGAGUACACAACAGAGGACCUUAUACCACAGUCAGUGUAGGAAGUAAAAGACUGCGGAAAACAACCACAACGGAGAGUCCACAUAUCAAAGUACACAAUAGACGACCGCAUACGACAGCCAGUGUACAAAAUAAGGGACUCCACAAAACGACCACAACUGAGAGUCCGUUUACCAGGAUACAGAAAAAACGAACUCAUACCACAGAAAAUGUACAAAAUAAGGGACUUCGUAUAUCUACCACAACUGUGAGUCCGUAUAUCAGGGCACAGAACAGACGACCUCAUACCACAGAAAAUGUACAAAAUAAAGGACUUCAUAUAUCCACCACAACUGUAAGUCCGUACGUGAACAGGAAACAAAAUGCUGGGCGUGUAGAAGAACAAAAACCUCGAUCUGUUAUAACAACGCUUAGUCCAGCAAAAAAUGCGGAGUCUGGGCAAGGGCAAAACAGAUCAACAUUAGGAUCUGUACAUUCAAUAUCUGAGUCGACGCCGAAAUCUGUAAAUGACCGAAAACCUACAACUGAAUCUUUACCUAUAGUUACUUCUUCUAAAAAAGAAGCAAAAACUAAAGAUGCUGUAUCAACUAAAACUAAACCUGCAAAGGUUCCGAGACCUUCAGAGGAAGUUAUUCCAGACGUUGUGCCAUACCUGAUAUUCUUCCCGGAUGAGAGGAAUGAUAAAUAUGAAGGCUUUUCUAAGAACCCUCCAAACAAACUGGAAAUUAAGAAGCCAAAAAUAAGUUUCCGGUCUCGGACGACAUCAGCCACACAUGUCGUUGAUCCGCCACGUAAAGCAAAAGAAAAGCUUGAUAUCACUCAACGAAAGUUCUUUGGAAAUUUUUCCUCCAAUAUGAACCUCAAGUUGAACCGUAAAACGCCUAAAGAGGAAUCCUACACAAAGAUCAAAAUGAAAGAACAUGGUCCGACGUCGCACCCCCUUAGUGCGAGUCUGAACAAAAUAAAGACCAACGUCGAAGGUAACUCCUCUUCUAAUUUUAAAGUAACACAGUUCAAUAACACCCAAGUCGGAAAAGACGGAGGGAAAAUUUACAUGGAUGAAAAUUUGCCCACUUUUGAGCCAUAUGUUCCAAACAAUGAAACAAAUUCCACUGACCUUUACACGGAGGUCAAGAACGUGGUCCACCAUAAUUUUGUUUUGAAUGGUCUAAUAGAAAAUAUGGGGACAUUGCUGAAAAACGGCGAAUCCAAAAUACACUUUCUUCUAAAAGGAAACCGUGAACGCGAUAAAAGCAAAAGGAAACCUAUAAAAGCAACAGAAAAUGUACAGCUGGUCGACGGUAAUUUUAUACCUACACAAGAACAAGAGAAAUUAACGAAUCCUCAAGGGGAAGAAACGCGUCCAAAGGGGGAAGUAACGCGUUCUCGAGACUUGAUAAAAAGUCAGGAUGUUCAAAACAAAAUGGCGGGAAACCAGGACUUGACUCAUUCUCAAAGAGAUGCUCAGGUAAACAUAGACCUGGACAACACAUUGUCAGAAAACACGAAGAAACAAAGGACAGCUAAAGAGAAGAUGAAUCCAGUAGAAUUUAGUGCAAAAAAUGUCAAUGUGUUCAAGGGUAAUAGUGCUAUAUCAAGAAAAGCUGAGAAUAUCGAAACAACAACAUCUAAGACGGUGCACCAGACUGUAAGACCAUUUCCAGCUCACAUGACCCGACUUCGUCCAACAAACCAAUCAAAAGACAGAAAGGUCAUGUCUGCUCUGAUGUCCUUCCCCCCACCCCCGCCACCUUCGCCGAUUUAUUACAAAAACCUUAAUAAAAAGACACCCAGUAAUCCAAGCCCAGCAAAGAGAGAUCAAACAUCUCGAGAUGUGAUAGGAACAAUUCCUCCGGAAAUCAACAGAGCAGAAAAGAAAACAACAGUUAAGUUUCCACCUGUACCUUCUAUUUAUCCAUCCAAUGAACGAUCGCCAAUACCGGCCCCAACACCGAUAAGAGUAAAAACAACAAACCCAACUAAAGUUACAACAACGACUGCACCACCAACAACAACACAAAAAACGACCACUAGGGCGCCUAAGACAGUGACCCCGAAUCUCUACUAUCCGACCAUACCCAGGGGAUUGACCACUACUGUUUACAAAAUCAGUCAGAUCUUCUUCCCUCCAGAUUUCACACAAAGAAGAUCACUUACCGAUAUCAUUAAUGCUGAUCCAAAUAAAGUCCCAGGGACGUACACAAAAACUGUGUAUCCACCCACACUAAAACAAAUAAAUGCCACCGAUGUGAUGUUGUCAACCCCCUAUCAUGUGAAGGAUUCCGUUUCUAAAGUACCACUCCUAACUUCUGGUACCACCGUAAGUACAGUUCGACAGAAAGCUCCGGGCAUUAAAGGUCUCCCGCGCAACAUAAAGCAGACAGAAUCGGAAUCAACUUCUUCACCAUAUUUAAGGAGUAAAUUAGAGGUUCCCGAUCCAUUCACGACAGGUAACAAUGAUAUCACAACCCAAUCAGAGUCACCUCACGUAUUUAAACACGCUAACGGGUCCGCUUUAACGACAAACGUCCGUAAACAAACGAAAGAAGUGAAAACCUUUCGCAAUGUUGGUAUAAACAUUUUAAAAGAAAUAUUUAAGUCACCGAAGGUGAAAAAGCAGGACGUUCUCUCAGGAAAAGUGAAACUACCACAGGGAAAGAACGCAGUGAUUUUAGACAUUGGUCUGAUGAAUAAAAUCAUGGAUACUUUCAGGCGAUGGCUUGCCAGUAUGAAGUUGUUAGUGGUAGAGAAAUAA